GUCAAUUUUAUCUUCAUGAUCAUAUACUGCGAUGCGUCAGGGCUACACUGUACAAGGUAUAUUCAUUUUUCUUUUAAACCGAUCAUUGCCAUUGUCGUUGAUAUAUAAUUCUUCUUCUACACAUGCUUUUCCCAUCGCUAUAGUAUACCUUUUUCUCUGACGUUAAAUACAUGUGUCAUGUAGAAUUGUUGGACAAAAACUUUAUCAGAAUGAAACGCCAAAGGGCUUAAUAGCCUUAAUAUUUAAAUUCACUUACGUUGGAUUUAAAUAUGCAUACUCAGCUAAGACGAAUACAAGUGGCAUUGUAGAUAGUGUUGCACAAUAUUAAGGCCUUGGCUUGUGACUAAACUACCUAAAAGAUCAGUAAAAAGACUUUGGAGUCUUCGUUUGUGGGUUAGUAGCUUCACGGUGAUGUAAUUCAGCCACAAACCGUGGGCACAACAGGUUUGAGAAUCUUAUAUAAAGAAUCAAUAAUACAAUAUACAGAUAGUCACUAGGUCAUGAUAGUAAGAAUUCGUUUGAUAACAGGUCUCUGCCAGGAGGUUAUGUUCUAUGGUAUAUGUUUUCAUCUGUUUGCGUGCGUGCGUGCGUGCGUGCGUGCGUGCGUGCGUGCGUGCGUGCGUCUUUUAGCAAUAACUCAAGAAAUAUCGAAAACUUGUAGGACUUUUGCAUAGAUACGAAAAUUUGUAGGGCUACUGGCAACAGGUCAAGCACAAAUCGAUUGAAUUUUUGCUCAACUUGGACAAAAACUAGAUGAGAAAUUGGCAAAAGCCGGGCAGACUGAAGUAAAUGCAUAAAUUAACCAAUUGUAUAAUUUAUGCAGAUACUUGAUUUAAUUUCGCUGGCGGAGUUAUGCAGUCUCCAUGUGCCCUUUAGUUGAACAUGCACUUGUUUUUUUAUAUCCAUUGUUGGGUUGACUUUUCAGUGACCGAUUACAUCAAGUAUUACGUUUAUUUAAUGACUUAUCCUACACGGCAAAAAACGCCGAGCCCGUUGCUCAACAGGUAUGAACAAUGUUUUGCUGCCCACGUUGUUCACACUUGUCAACAAUAUUGAACAAUGUUGUUGAGCCUGAAUCGGGUGUAACAAUAUUGUUCAAUAUUGUUGACAGCUAUGAACAAUGUGGGCAGUAAAACAUUGUUCAAUCCUGUUUUCAUCAGUAUUGCAUCAACCUGAGCGCGUUUUUUUUGCCGUGUAGACUAUUUAUCUUUACAACAAUUGAUACUCGAGCAGCGUUCUCGUGUUUUAUAUCUGAUAAAGCACUGCUUUAAAUAGUACUAGCAUAACUGUAUGAUUUCGUAAAUGUGUCCACUGCAACAAAAUAAAAGCCUCUAUAAAACCCAAUAUCUCAAAUCGCGAGGCUCUGUAGCCAAACCAAAGGCCGAGUACUUUCUAGACUUUCUAGAAGGGUGUAAUGACACUCUUCACGUUAAAAAUAACCUAUAUAUCGCUUACGCAGUUAUAUGGGCCUGAAAGUCUUCCUACUGGUCACAAUGGCAUUGAAAUCCCACAGCCUGCCAUAGUUCUUCAAAAACCAAUGUGACGCUAGCAAGAAGCUUGCCUCUAAUAGGUUUUUUAUAUAAACAUAGUUAAUUGCAUUUUCCCCAAGAGCUACAAUAAACUCAUCACGGGGGCUUGCAUAUAUAACUGAUCUCAAAAGCACACAGUCAGCAAACAAUUACACAUUCAUUUUUAAAAUUUACAUUUUAGAUUACUGAUACAGCGAGGGCUUGAAACAGAAUUGGUUUUGACAGGUCAGCCCACAGCCAGCACACGUUCAGCUGCGACUAAGCUGGCGGAAUAGAACUAGCUAAAGCCUCUAAAUGGAGGGACUCGAAGAGAAUGGCAAUGGUACAACUCACGAAUUUACCCCAUCAGCUGGUAUCUAUGUGCUUGCUGUAGUUGUAGUAUUGACAGCAGUUGUAUCUGUUCUGGGUAACCUACUGGUUCAAGUCGCUUUUUGGAGGACAAAAUCCCUGAAAGGAUCAUCACCCGGUACUUUGGUAAUGGUGUUGGCAUUAGUGGACUUUUGUAUGGCUACAUUGGUGAUGCCUUUUGUGAUAACCACUGCACUGCACGGUGAAUGGUCUCAGAGCCAUGGGUUAUGCGUGGCGUCGGGGUUUCUAAACACUUUCCUGACUGCUAUUCAAUUUGGAGUGCUGUUUAGUAUCAGUCUUAAUCGAUUUACUGCCGUCUCAUUCCCACAUCGAUAUCAACUCAAGUGGAAAACUACCACCACAUAUGUGAUGAUAUUAUUAGUAGUGGCACAUAGUCUGCUGUGGUCAAUCAUGCCAUUCCUUGGCUGGGGAGGUUACGAUUACAUACAAGGAACCUUGUUUUGUAAUAUCAACUGGUCCGAGCACAAAGCACAUUCGACGAGUCUGUUUGUGUUCUGUUAUAUAAUUCCAGCUGUUAUCGCGGCGCUGUUGUACAUUACAGUCUACGUAAAGGUACGAAAGAUGGGCCAAAGUCCCAUAGCACAAUUGAGAAUGGGUAGUCAAGUGGAUUUGAGGAUCGGCCAAAUUGAAAGAGACGACAAUAGCUUUUAUAGUGAUGGUCACUCGAAAAUAAGUACCAAUGAUCCGUCUUCGUCGCCUGGCAAUAAAGGUAUAGAGUAUAAAGUCGUUUUAAAUUUUAAAAUUAAAAUGCUGUUUUCUCUAAACUCUAUAAAAGCUGAAAUUACCGAUGCUUGAUGCAUGACACAACACAGUCAUUCUAAAUAUGCAUGCAAUAUGUUAAUUAAGCAAGUUCAUAGAGAGACAAUAAUUGCAAUUUGUAAAGCACUAACUUUUAAACUGAAGUUACAUAUUUUUGUUCUGGAUAGUUGUAUCAGUUAUAAACUGUUAUAAACUGUUAUUAUUGCAACUGUUUAGUAUGAAUUCCAAACUGUUCUUCGUGGAGGUCAAGUAUAAGGUUAUAUUAUAAGUGUAUUAUCAGUGUGUUACUACCCCCCGUUGCGAUGUUUUGGCUACACCAACAAUUGAUUGAAUUGAAAAGUUCUCCUUGUUUUAUAUAGGCUUCGAGAAAAAUUUACAGUCUGUGCAGUAUUUAUAAGACUGGUUUAAAGCAUCAAAGUUUCUGUGAUCAUAGUAGGAAUUUUGCAUAGGUAAACUCUACGUUUUGGAGGAUUUGUAAUAAAUGUUCGAGGGUAAAUACUCGGUCAGUUUCCUCAAACAUUUCUUACAAAUCCUUAAAAAGUUUACGAAGAAUUUACCUAUGCAGAACUUUUACUGUGAUCACAGAAACUUUGUUGUGUAAACACCAGCCAUUAGAUUUUAGGACUUUAAUCAUUUAUAGUGAGUGGAUUAUAAGAUAAGCACGUUUAUUCGCAUCGCGUUAUUCCAUAUUUAAUAAGGAAAUUCGCAAAAGCCACAAUUAUUUCUAACCUUGUAUAAACAUGGCCAUAAUUGCAUGCAAUAAGGAAUGCACUUAAGAUCCAAUUAAAUUCGAAUAUUAGUUUUGCCAACAUUUCGAACAUAGUGUAAGAGUUCUAAUUAAAUUCUGCAUCGGUUAAUGACAAAUCAAACUGUGAAAUACUAUAUCAGCAUAUCGAAUUGUGAAUUGUCAAAUAUAAAGAAUGAUAAAGCAUUCGGGGUUUACCUCAAUUAUAUAUCACUUUGAUUUUUGAGAAUUAGGAAUUCUUUUCAAUAUUUAUAUAUGUGGGCGGAAGACAGACGAUUCUAAAUUUAAAUUUGGUCAAUUAUUUAGGUCCAGUUUCUAUUAAGGUACCUAAUAUACAAUAUUGUAGAAAUGAAAUGGUAAUUGAAUUAAUAACUUAUUGCAGGAAAUGUAGAAUAUUAGUUUAAAAAUGAAUUCGAGUUAGUAUUUCAAUCCCUUUUCAGUUUGGUUUCGAGAGCAAUUUGGAAAAUGCGUUACUGAGUUUUUCAAGCACUAUCAAAGUUGCGCGAGUCCAAUUUGAGAUCUUUGAAAACUCAGGAGUGCGUGUUUUGCAUCUCUUUCUAUGGCUAUGCCUUCUCGAAAUAAUAGAAUUUAUAAUAUAGCAUUUGUAAAUUCUGAACGCUGAUUGGCUAAGAGCCGUGUUCAACACGGGAAAUUUUCCGCCGCUUGUAAACACGGAAAUAUCCUUCGGGCUUUUGACAUUGCUAUAUUAUAAAAAAAAUAUAAAACUUUUUCCGUAUUGAUAUAUAGUUAUAUCAACACUCGUGGAAGUUUGGAAAACUCGAAAUUGUAUGAAAACGUCGUGUUUCCAUACAAUUUCUCGUUUUCCCAAUUCCACUCGUGUUGAUAUAACUGUAUAUCAACACGGAAAAUGUUUUAUAUUUGUUAACGAAAUCACCGCCAAUUCCUAAAAAUUUUUUUUUGUUACCAAGGCAAAGUUAGAUCAAGGCAUUAUCCUUCUUUCAGAGGAACUCCUUUAGGGUCCAAUUAAUCGAUUAUACUGGAUUUUGGCAAAAGACUGUCCCUAAACCUUGACCUUAAAACUCUAAGCGCGCAAAGCUUAAUAGGAGCAAAAGUUUCAAGCUUAGGAGCUGAAUAUUACAGCUAUUUGUGAAUGAAUUGUUCUCGUAAGGAGAUAUUUACCAUGUCUCUAAAUGGGUCCCAUCUAUGCUUUCUUAACUGAUUAAAUGAUGCUCCCAUUAUGCUUUGCACGCUUAGAGUUUAAAGUUUAGACUUUAGAGUUUGAGGUUUGUCAGGAACAAUCUUUUCUGAAUUAGCUGUAGAGCAUGCAGAUGCUACCUGAAUAAUUAAAAUUUUGACACAACAUUUCGGUUUUUCGGUAUCCACUUAUAAUGUAAACCUUCAUAACAUACUGAUGUCCAGUAUAAUAACAUUCCUAAAUUUUGUCUAUUUCAGGAAAUAUUUACAGCAGCAGAGGCUCGAUGAACACAAUCAAUCGUAAUUUUCGCCGUCAUCGCUCACGUGAAUCGCGCGUGACGACCAGUCUGUUAUUGGUCGCAGCUGCUUUCGCCAUCUUCUGGUUGCCAAGGGGACUGGUGAACUUUAGUGCUGUCGUGAGCGGUCGUGAUUCUGUGCCCAAAGCAAUAGAGUAUCUUUCCUCGGUGUUUAUAUUUAUGUCAAGCUUUGUGAAUCCUAUAAUUUAUGCGCUAUUUCACUACGAGUAUAACAAAGCUUUCAGGCAGAUAUUGGGAUGUAAGAAAAAGUGCAUAGUUGGUAAAACGUGAGAUUCACUCAGCAUCUAGCCUGCGCGGCAGACGGUCAGCCCGACGCAGAACACCUAAAAACAGGCAGGCUACUGAGCACCUGGAGCUCUGGAUUCACUGAUCUCAUAAAGUUACUGUACCUCUUCAUAGACUGGCGAUAAUUUAUGCUCUAUUUCAAUAUGCUUUAAUGUCAGUACGAGCAACAAAUAUUUUACUUUCAAAACAUUUCGCCCACACUAUAGCGAUUUUGUCGACGAUUUUCUCUUCCUGACCGAUGCGAAUGAGUGAACUCACAGCGAAAAGUAUGAAAUCGCUUUUUGGAAGUAUACAUGUCCGAGUCAUUUGCAGGUCACUCAUUCAGUCACAUCCGCCAGGAGGAGAAAAGUCGCCAACAAAAUUGCUGGUGUGAAGCACCCCUAAGGCUGGUUACUCAACUCUUAAGGAUGGUUACGCCAAAUGACAACACGUUGAUCACAGAAAUCUUUACAGUAAAAUAAAUUGGGUUUGGUUUUCUGAACAUAUAACAUUGGUGCAAAGACUUUGUUGUAAAUAAAUGUAUAUCACUCAUCAUCAUUCCGUAAAUGUAUCAUGGCUUGUAACAUAGUAUAUUUAUUGCAAAUAGUGUUUUACCCACAUCAAUAUAAAUACAUCAAUAUACAAUUGUAAAUAAUAAAAUAGAACUCUAUACCAUAUCUUACAAUGGCUUGUGCAUUUUGAAAGAAUGUGUGAUCAAUAUUAUUGUUAGUAAGUUCAUUAAGUGGGAUUUUCGUAAACAAGUUUAAAACCAUUCAAUACAUUAACUCAUUAAAAAACCGAACAAAUUCAACGGCUAUAAAUUUUCCGUAAAAAUAUGAAUUCCUUCGUAAUAAUUUACAUUUAACCCCAAAUAUUGAAACGUACGAUAAAAAUUAUAAAAUAAAAAGCAAGCCGGUGUAGGAAAUACCAUCGCUCACCUCAAAAAUUGAUGAAAAGACUGAGCCUGAAUAUUAAUUAAAAAGUAACAAAAUGUGAACAGUUGAAUGCUUUGAUAUACUACUUCAUUCAGUCUCAGCGUCAGUCCCAAUGUCCCCAAAAAAACUGGACACUGUUUCAUUUCAUGUAACGGAAAAGCUAUAAAAGCUAUCGCAAUGAAAUAACGAUCAUUGCAUUCAGAAAGAACUAACUUAUAUUUUGAUAUAUAACACUUGAAUUUACAUGCAAUAUUGAGCGAGAUACAACCAAAAUAAAAAUAUUAUUUAAUACGUAUAUAACUACAUCGGUAAUUAUAAGGUUGUUUUAUGCUAAUUUUUGGAAUUUUCAAAAACAGUAGUUCAACGUUCAAAAAUCAAUAGCACAGUCAAUAUUGCACGUAAAUUCAAGUGCAAAAUAUCAAAAUCUAAGUUGGUCCUUUGUGAAUGCAAUGAUCUUUCUAUUUCAUUGCGAAAGCUUUUAUAGCUUUUACGUUACAUGAAAUCAAACACUGUCCAGUUUUUUUUUUGGGACACCCGGUAUUUCAACAGAAAUAUAUCCCAACGCAGAAUGCAUCAUUCAGAUGCGCAGUGGAAACUCUGAAUGACCUUAUGCAUAAUGACGUCACAAGGCUUGAUGCCCGCGAAGAAUGCCGGUCUUAGUAGUCAUCGCUAUCGAAAUUUUCCCGGCCGAUGACUACUAUAAAGACCAGCACUCCUCGCGGGCAUCAAGCCUUGUGACGUCAUUAUGCAUAAGGUCUAUUGGCUUAUACGAGUACGUCAAUGUAAGCACCCUGCUCGAUUGAACAUUCAGCUUUCAAUCUCGUCAUCAAUUUUAAAGUGGCAAAUGUUAACUUACUACCAUGGGUUCAGCGGUUCAUAAAACACAGAAGCAUCGUUGGUGCAUUCCUCGUCCUCCUCUUUACAGUCGAUUAGGUUCAAUUUUUUAUCCAUACAAAUCAUGAUUUCUUGCACCCUCUGUUUGCU